CCCUUUCUAGCUCAUGCUCAUUGGUGCGACUCAAGAAUCAUGCCUGGCCAGUUCUGGUUUCCCUCCAUGUCGGUCCCUGAGAUUGUCGACGCCUUCACGGGAUGGGGAUACUCAAUCACAAAUGAGCAAGUCGCCAAGCCUACUCCGGAUUUCGUCCUAGGCAUAUACACCGCGUGCAUGGAGCAAGUCACUGGCAUUACGCAGGAAGCUUUGCAGAGGCCUGUGGAGGCUGCUCUUUCCACGGUUGAGAACCCAGAUCUGUAUGCUUCUGCGUUGUCACAAAAUCUUCUUCUACAUCACCUUCAACGCUUUGCAGCAGCUGCUAAAUGCCUUGAUUUCUCCGCAAAGGAUAUUCACCGUCCCGAACCUGACAGAACGCGCGCCAUCUUCUCCGCCUUCAUCAAUUUUGUAAAGUUUUCUGAGCAGUGUGAAACUUUCAUAAAUGGACUACGUGAGAAGUCUACUGCUGCUAUCGAGGAGCGCGAUAGGAUCGUUCAGCAAGUCGACGAGGUUCGCCAGAAAGUGGCGCAUAUCAAGGCGAGACGUGCCGAAGACGAGCCGACGUGCGAAGCUCUACGGCACGAGAACAUGUCCAUGACUGAGCAGCUUGUCAAGUACAAAGAGACACAGUUGGCGCUCCUGAAGGAUUUGGAAGGUUUGAAGCAGGAAAUAGAGUCUCUCCUGCAGACUAAGGCACGCACAUACUUGCAAUUCGAUACAAUGGCUCUGGUCAACGACAAAGUUAAUCGUGCGCGGGGGCGCAUCGUUCAAUCACCAGAGCGUAUCAAGCGGAAUAUUGCCACGAUGAGCGUCACUGCUGCCGAGGACAAGAAGACUGUUAACAUGCAUGAGACCAAAAUUCGGGAUUUGCAGGCGAAGAUUGGUGCUUUGCAGAACAUUGAGAGGGAUGUUCGCACUUGUAUUGAGCAACUUCAAACCAUCGAGAAGGAAUCGCAAGCUCUUGACGUCUCACAAAAGGAGUUGAAUGACACGAAGGACCAGCUAGAUAUCAAGAAGAGCGAGCGCACAGAGCUGCAGAUGAAGCGCGAGCGUGUGUACAAACAAUUAUCGAAUGCGCAAGAAAAGCUCGAACGCGCCCAGCGGCACGCUGAAGAUAAGCGUAUUGCAAGCCAGCAGACGAUCGAGCGACUUCAACGCGAAUAUGAAGAGAUGGCAGUUGAGCGUCGGGAUAAUGAUCGCCAGGUGGAGGAAUUGCGAGCAGAAGCGGACGAGAUCGAGCGGAAGAUGGCGGAGCAUCUCAAGAAGAACCAGGCUGAGCUUAACGAGCUCAUGGCAGAGUAUUGGAGAUUGAGACACGAAACAGAGGUCUACAUGGAGACCCUAGCCAACAAGCUGGGGAUGCAAGUCACAAGUUCUUGAAGCAUGCCGAAGCGCUCGCGCAACUUCCCUCUAUUCAUGUCUCAGACAGUAUUGACUUGUACACUAUCAUGUAGACUAUCAGCUCACCAUAUAUACCAAUCAACCUCU